GCCCAGCUGGGCUCCCCCUGACUUGAUGAUCUGCUUUUCAGGUUCACAGGGACAAGUGUUUCCAGUGAAGUACCAGGAGGGGCAGACACUCAGAGUGAGCUGCAGCUACAAUUCCCAGAGAAAUGAGGAGAGCUGGAAAACCUGGUGUAAAGUGAGAGAAGAUGGAAAGGUGUGUGAUAGACUAAUUACCAGGACCUCAGUCUUAACUUGGCAACGUGGGGACCCACGAACCUCCCUGGAGGAUGACACCUACUCUGGUAACAUCACCAUCACCAUGUCUAACCUCAGGGUGAACGACUCAGGCAUCUAUUGGUGUGGAAUCCAUGACUCUGUCAGGAAUGCUAUUGAUAUUCUCAGGAUAAUCAGGCUGGAGGUUUCUCCAGACCAAAAAGAGAGUCCCCCAAAAUAUUCUCAGACUACUGCAGAGAUGCCUACCACCAACCUUGUCACCCCUGUGGCUAUCAGCAGAGAAUUCUAGGUCAAUGGAGCUGAGGUGCUGGUCCCCAAAGAGUUCUCAGGAGCAAAGGACUUUCUCUUCCUCCCAAGCUGGGCAGACUCCCUGUCUGUUUCUCUCCAAUUUGUUCC